CAGUCACUAUGCAAGUCCUCUCUGAGAGUGACAAAGAAGAACUUUCUCAUGCGCAAGAGAAAAUCCGUGCACUAACAACGGAACUGGCAAUGCAUGACGAUGCGCUUGUUCAAGUUGCAGUUCUACGCAAGAAAAUAGCUGCAAGCAAAGAAAGAGCUCAAGCUUUGGUCAAUAUGAUUGAUAGACGCAUCACUUAUCUCUGCAAACUCUGGGAUGAAUACAUGGCUAAGGAGGAUGACAAUGAGAUUGUUGAGCUUGCAAAAACAGCAGUGAACGAUCCAUUAAGAAUUAGCAUUAACGGAGCAGACGAGGCAAGAUUUACGGAAAGGGUUAAUUUGUUGAAGGAUAAGGUUGCUGAAUUAAUGUUGCUUGAUGAACAAGCCGCUGAAGCACAUAAGAGAGCAGCAGAGGAUAAUAAAACACUGGCUAUGGCUGCUAGAAGGCUGAAUGAGACGGAGGAACAUCACAAGGCUCUGCUCGCAAACAACAGAAAUCAGCAGUCAGAGGACUACACUGCUUUGAUUUCAUUGCAAAAAGCUAUCACUGCACUUGUGGAGAGAGGAUCGGCAGCCAAUGUAAGCGCCGAGGAAAAGUCAGACUCGGCAAUUCUAGUCGAGAAGCUCCACGAAUAUGUAGCCAAGUUGCCCAUCAAGCCUAUCGAAUCUUACGGUGAGACCUCUGCCACGCCUGGACCAAACUCUAGAACUUCUACUGGAAUCGGUGGAGUUACGGCUAGCUCGAGUGGAAUCAGUGGAACCACCGUCCCAACUGAUGAGUCAUCAAGUUUCUUCACAACUUCGUCACUGCCAACAACUUCCAUGAAGAAUGCUCGACAGGAUCGUAAAUGGCGGGCUUGUGCCGAGGUGAAAGAGAUAACCGCUAGAAGUAAAAGUUCCCGAUCUUCAUCAGCUGCCAAAAAGACCUCAACGACAGGAAUUUGA